CUGACUCCAGGGCAUGGCAGGAAGCGAGGGGCGAACGGUGCAACGCUAAGAAGCGCCAAAGGGAAAACUGGCAGCGGGAAGGAGCUUCCUACAGGUGCCUAGUUAUUGUCCGUCGUACCGCUGAAUUAGUAGGUGUCAUCCCUUGGCGCAGUGAACGACUGAGCGUUGUAGUGCCACGGCCGCCGCCACAGACGCCGCACCCCUACCCGCCAGUGCCCUCACUUAGCCGAUCCACUAGUGAAGGGCGGCUACCUCAGUGCUUAGUGCCCGGCCCAACACACUGCUGACGGAGGCUGUGACAUUACCUCAGGAGGGAUCACCUGUUACAGACACGGAAGAACACCUGCACCACUACGCACCACCUGAAACUCGUGCAUCGGAGAAGAAAGUACUGAAACUGAAGCCUUCGUUUACCUGGCCAUCAAGAACUUGCACCCUUAGUUCCAUUCCUGCCUCAUCUCCUGUAGAAGACUCCCCACCUCUAUCCCCCCCAAGACGCCACAACGCUACGAAGUCUAAUCUUGGAGAACAUGAUGAAGCUGUUGUUAAUUUCACUAGCUUUACCAUUCACAAGGUGUUCGUAAUCAAAGUUAUUGCGCAGAAAACAGGAAUUAUUGCAUGUACCUCAGAAAAACAUGGUACACCUUCAAAACUCGAGAUGAUUAUACGUAUGGUGAAAGUGUAGGUAGCGAAAGUGAGUAAGGACAAUACACGUAAAGGAAAUUGAAGUGAUUUCUUAUGAUACUAAAGUGAAAAACACAGACGAAUGUGUGAUGGAAGCCAAAGCAAGUGUCACCUCGCCUCCUUGCCCUCCGCCCUCACCUCCUGUAGCCCUGUUCACUGUUCGAUCAGGCCUCCACCAUGCUGCUGACCUGGCUCGGGGCGCGGCCAAGGUAUAGUGCCGCCCCGACCCUGUAUGACAUCCCCGCCCCGUCCCGCCCCGCUCAGGCUACCAUGAAGCUGCCCCGCCAAACAAGAUUGGACCCGACUGUUUCGACUUAGUGAGAACAUGUUACUGCUCACUCCCGGAGGCUUGCACUACACAAGAUGCCCGUUGAGCUGUCCUGUGCGGAUAGGAGUGUGGCUAUGGGCGUGGGCAUGGACGUGUGUGGUGCUGAGUGCAGCCCAAGGUACUGGUGCUGGCCAAGGAACCAUCCUGCAAGACUUCCCAAUUGCAGCCGAAGAAAACUUUUAUUCCUUCAACCCAGAUGGAACCUACACUUUUUCUUAUGACACAGGUGGAGGUGAACAUCAGAGUUUUCGGAUUGAGAUGAGGGAUGCUUCAGGUCGAGUCUCUGGUCGAUUUGGUUAUGUGGAUCCAGCUGGUGCCCUGCGAAUUACUGAGUAUCAAGCAGACAGUAGUGGAUACAGGGCAAGCAUAGAAGUGUACCACCAAGUAAGCCUGGCACCCCCCACACCACUGAUAGUAGGACCUGUACCCAAGGAGCCCACUGUCCUUCCUGAUCCUCCAGCAGACCCUCCAAAGCCACGUGUCAUGCAUCCAGUUGGACCAGCCCCCUUCUUCCCACCCCAGCAGCCUGUCUUAAUCAUUGGGCCACUCCCUAAACCACUCCAGCCUGAGAGUGCUGAAGACGACCAUGAUCCUCCAGAUCUGAAUGAGGAUUCGCUCUUAACUGUACCGUCCGAUCCUCUGAUUCCAGCCGUGUUUCCCAAGAGUCCUCUGGGAGAUGCUUCUCCUGGGGACCUUUUCAAUUCCCCGCUGGAAACUGAAGGAAUCAGCAUCCUGCAAGGGAACUUCACUGAUAUUCCCCAGUUAUCAUCUGAUGAUCUUGAAGAUUCUCCAAAUAGCAAUGUCACUGAUACCCUGCAAGUAUCUUAUGAUGGUAAUCUUGAGGUUUCUCAGAAUAGUACAGUCACAACAUCUAGAACACCAAUAGAAGAAACAAAUGAGCACAAAGAAUCAUUGGAUGCUGUUGUUAGGAAUGCCGGACAAACAGGAGCUUCAAGCAAUGUCCAACAUUUCCCACAGAAAUCACAGCACCAUCUGACCCAAAAUGGCGCUCCUGAGAUUCUACAAGAGCACAAAGAUAUUAAUCCAACUAUGACUAACCAAGAGAGAAAAGUUGCAAACAUUGUACCUGGCAUCACAGUCCAUGCAACACAGAGGAAUCCUGUCAGUGAUAGUGAUGCAAACUAUUCUACAAACAGUGAUUUUCUCCAGCCUUCACCAACCUCCACUAUCACAUCAACAGUAUCUAAAUUGGCAGAAAGAGGUGCCAAGAGUGAAUCAAAAGUGGCAGAAACUUCAUUACCUGUGUUCAUGACAAAGAAGAAUGAUGACUCUAGAAGCCAAUCCAGGAGGUUCCGUAACCUUCCUCCUAUACCUCCCACACCAUUGCUGACUUACCUCCCAGUGGGUGCUCCCCGGCACCAGUAUCCCACUGCACCACUCCUUCAGCUGCCCCAAGAGGCCAAUAGUUACCCUGCAUAAGGCAUCAAGUAUUUGAUAAUGAAACUCUUGCCAGAACAAUUUUUCUGAUCUCCUGAUAUUGAGGUAGUGAUAGGAGCUUGUAAAAUUCAGGAUUCAGUUUGAACUCUGACAUGCACAUCUUUGAUGUGCACAUGGUAACUGCGCUUUUAUCUGCAUGCAUAAAUGCUAAAAAGUGCAAUAUGUGUAUCGCAUGCCACACUGAUUACUUUUAAUUGAAAUUUGUAUUUUGAAAAUAGACACCAUAUGUUUCUGAAAUGCCCACAGCAAUCUUAAAGCUGCACAUGAAAUUUCAAAAUGUCUUUUAUAAGUGACAUGACAAGGCUUAAGACUUUCAGUUGGUGUAACAUAUGUGCUCAAAUCACUGCACUGACUUUCAAGAGGUGGAAUACAUGUGUGAUCAAAUCACUCCAUUGUCUUUCAAGAUGUGGAAUACAAACGUAAGAAAAUGUUUAAAUUAGUGAUGCUAUAACAUAAUAAGCAAAGCUGAUAACUUUUGUAAUUAAUGUUGGAUAUAUUACACAUUAAACACAUGUAGAAAAAUACUGCCUCUGACCCCAGCCAGUGAGCAGACAGUGAUGUGAGGUUGUUCACCCAGUCUGAUUGCUCACAGACAGUACAAGUGUGUCAAGUUCCUCUGCUGUUGGAAUCUCAACUUGUGAUGGACUCAGCCAAGAGCCUCACAAUAGCUAGUCAAGUUCUGAAUGAUACACCAAUGAACUGUCAUAUGUAAGUCAAAACCUUAAAAAAUAUCCCUGAAUUUUAA